AGUAAAAGAAAUAGUUCAACAAGCUAGUAGCAAUUACCCUUAUACUUUCAAUUCCCAACAACUUGAAGAAUUAGAACAAAUUAAAGUUCAACUUUAUUGUCUUUUCAAUAUUAGAGAUAUUUGCAUGAUAAUUUUAAAACAAAUUUCAGAAUUAAAUUAA